AUGUUUGGAACAUCCGCAGCAAAGCCAGGGACGGUCGGAUUGUUUGGAAAUGCCUCCUCUACCUCCAUUGUGACAUCACAGCCAUCUUCAUUAUUCGGGCAACCAACGGCAACCAAGCCAGCUGAGCCUACAAACACCUUAGGUAUCGGAACCUCGAAUCGAACCAAAACUAGCCCUCUAGAUUCAGAAGUUCCACAACAAUUAACGGCAGCUGUGGAUCAAAUAAAGUAAUCUUUAUUUUUAAAUUUUUAUGAAGUUUAGAAAUGCAAUCAAGGGAAAUAACGACAAGAUAAGUGAAUUUAACGCGACUUUUGAUCUCGAAUACGAUGCGAAAGUUGAGAAUACCAAAAAUCUCGUACAUCAAGCUUCGAGAAGACUUCAAACAAACUCGAAUGAAGUUGAAAGUAGGUUUCAAAAAGGAUUAAUGAAUAAUCUUUUUAGAAUUACUGCGCAAAUCUAAUCAGAUGUUGACACAUAUGAAAGUAUUAAGUAGAAUAAACGAAGAGAACCGGGUAAAUCCAAGCUCCGGCUUCCAAUCUUUGAUGGAUUUCAUGGAACAAAGUGCGGAGAACCUGCGGGGCGAGAUUGAUGAAGAACGGGUCAGAAUUGUAGGACUUGAAGCUCCGCUCAAGGAGUACAUAAAUGUAAAGGAGGGAGUGGCUGUAGCUGAAGGCAUCUCGAAGAAGGACAUGUUCGACCACAUUCAUCGUACAGUGGCUAUUACAGAUGACGUUCUUUUGCGAUCUUCCAACAUUCAUGAACAAGUUGAGAGGAUGAAGAAACAACAUGUGGAUACCCUCCGACGAUUGCAAGGAAGAUACGUACCUUCUCCAUUCGCAUCCGAUGAAUCAGAAGAAAUUGAUCAAUUCGAAUAUGAUCCUAAGAAGAGAAUGAGAGGUUAGUUUUUGAUAGGUAAUAUUGUCUUCUUUUAGGUCCGAACAUCUUCCCGAGCGCUGUUACUCUGCUGUCUUUGGCCGAGGGACUUCCAAAGGCGGGUCUUCAGCCUCAAGCGACAUCCACUCUGGGAGGUUUUAGCAGUACGACUGGAACCACUGGCAGCCUUUUUGGUCCUAAACCAGCUGGCCUUGGUACUUUUGGAACUAGCUCCACCCCCGGGACGACUUCUCUGUUUGGCCCCAAACCCGCUGGGACCACUCCAUUUGGUACCACGGCUACUUCAACGUAAGUGCUUAUGGAGUUAUUUUUUGCAUUACUUUAGUGCGACUUCAUCUACCGGAGGUCUCUUUGGUUCGAAACCGUCCUUCUUAUCAACUUCAACCGCCGGGACUACUGCGACGCCGUCUCUUACGACUGGAACUUCGGGAACUGGCACUUUGUUUGGAUCUACUACUACUCCAGCUUCCACUGCCUCAGCAACCCCAUCUUUGUUCGGAUCUAUUCUCAACACUUCUAGCUCGGGCACUUUAUUUGGAGGGACUGCCAAUAAACCAAUGUUCGGAGAUGCUCCUAGUGCAAAGAAAUUUGCCUAA